AUGGCUACCUUACUUACUAUGCCGCCUGAGAUGCAGCUGAUGAUUGCGAACCGCGUCGAGGAGAAGGACGUUUUGACGCUGAACUCCACCUGCCGCGCCCUACGUUCGCUCGUCAAACCGGUGAUGGCUUUGAUCUUCGGUUCAGUCAGGACAUACCACCUCUCCGAGGAAGGAAUGGCAUCUCUGCUUGAACUCAGCAAAGACACCACCUCUGCACCGUAUCUCAGAACCUUGAUCAUCGUCCAUGAUGGUACGGUCCCGCCUCUCAGUCUCUUCAAGACACUCUCCGAAGCUCUGGAACACUUCAGCAUAGUUUCCAAGAACCUCACUACUGUUGGUGCCCGCCGCUCGAGUCGCCAAAACACCCCCGGAGCACACACGAUUGCAGCAGACUUCCACAUCCAAGCCUUUGCGGGACAGCUUCUUGCAACUGCGAAGAGAGCAAAGCUACUUGUCAGCAGUCUGGUGUUCGAGCUGGAGGUACCUGCCGACAUCAUUGACUGGAGCGGCCUCCAGAGACGUGCCUGGACACAUCCCUCGCCAGUUCAGGGCGACUUCACCGAGGAAGUCGAAGUAGCCUCCGCUAUCGCCGAAGGAUUUGAUACCCUGUCGUGCGCGGACAUCGGUCGCGGUUUCAAGUUUGCCUUGAUUGGCCAGGAGGGUACCCGUAGGUCGCCGUCGGUCAUCUACGAUCCUGUAAAGCAAUCGCUGGAUGCCGUGCACCUUGAAGCGGACGACUGGAAAGUGGUCUUACAAUGGUUACCACGAUCGACCAAGCUGAAGGUCGUCAAGCUCUUCGACUGCAAUGUAGAAUUCCGAGCCUUUGACAACUUAAUCACCGUUUCCUCGCUGGAGUCCCUCUCAGUCAAGGACGUUACACUGGUCCAGAACCGCGACAUGACUGAAAACUGGCACUUUGUGAACCCCAGCACCUUGAACGUUCUGCUCCAAGACUGGAGAGCAGUGUUUGCCGGAUUGCUCGCUCGAAGCCCAAACCUGUCGAGCUGUCGUCUCGGUCAGCUAUCAUUCCACUACACCAACCAGACUGGAGUCACUUGGGAGACCCACGGUACCGAAAACGUCAAGAAGCUACUUCGUGACCUCAAAUGGAAGAAAUGCUCUCGCCUAGCAUUCAAGAAGGCAAACUCUGUCUACUCUGAGCCUCGCAAGCCUCGUAAGAAGUCCUUUAAGCACAAGAAGCUCCGCUGCACGCACAAGAAGGCUACCAAGAGCAAGAACUGA